AUGUUGGAGUCGAUCAUCAACCUUCAGCAGUUCUCCAACCCGGUCAAUAUUCUCUUAUCGAUAGUGCUAGCCUAUCGGCUGUACACAUUGCUACCUUCAUUCCGAUUCAACGAGUUGAACGUCGACGAAAAUGACCAAACCAACCUUAAAGCAACUCUGCCCGAGCAUACAGCCGAAUACCAUAAAAGACCUACGAAGUUUCCCGAAACUCGAGUAUGGAGGACAUAUACCCCCUUGGAACUAAAACAUUUCGACGGAAAUAAUGGAAGCAAGAUUUUGUUCGCGGUAAAUCGAGUGGUUUACGAUGUAUCAUCUGGACGAAACUUUUACGGCCCAGAUGGGCCUUACGGCAAUUUCGCUGGGAGGGAUGCUUCCCGUGGACUCGCUAAACAAUCUUUCGAUGACAGCAUUCUUACUCCGAUCGACUCAACGCUCGAUAAGCUGGAUGAUCUCACUGACGAAGAACGGGAAAACUUGAAAGGAUGGGAAGAUCUUUUUAAGUCGAAGUACAUCGCUUGUGGUGAGUUGAUCGAGAACUCAGACCGCCCUCAGAAAGCCUUGUGA